CAUUUCUCGAACAAAAAAAAUCCAAAAAUAUUUGCAAUCAUGAUUUUUUGUUUUUGAAGGACCUGUAGUUGCUGUCAUGAACAUUAAAUACAAAUCUAUUAAAUGUUGUACGAAUUUUGCGUGUAAUAAAUGUCCAGGGCCGGCUCGAAGCUCGCUGAUCGUCCUUUUUUCGUGUCUCUCUAGCAACACACAAUCGUAUUUAUUUCAUUUUUUUCAAUAUAUAAAUGUAAAGAAUCAUCAUGGAUCGUAAAUUCAUUGCUUCCUUUGGCUUUUUAUUUCAUCUAGACGACAUUAAAACCAGACCAGACCAAAAACAUUUAUCAUUUUUUCCUUUUUUCAAAAAUUCUCUCUUUGAUCCUAUCUUCUUCUUUUUAUUUUCACUUUGGGGUUUCCCUGUCUCUUCUAUGAUGAGUCUAAAAGUCUACUAGCUGUUCAAUAGUUUUUUCUCUCUGUGUUUCUUCUUUUUCUUCUUCAACCAAAAGAAAUCGAAAGGGUUUUUCGUUUUUGUUAGUGAGGUGUGGGAAAAAAAAUGGGAAGAACACCUUGUUGUGACAAGAAAGGUUUGAAGAAAGGUCCAUGGACGCCUGAAGAAGAUGAGGUUCUUGUUGCACAUAUCAAGAAAAAUGGACAUGGAAGCUGGAGAACACUUCCUAAGCUUGCUGGUUUACUUCGCUGUGGGAAGAGUUGCAGGCUGAGAUGGACAAACUAUCUGAGACCAGACAUAAAGCGAGGUCCUUUCACUGCUGAGGAAGAGAAACUUGUUAUCCAGCUUCAUGCCAUUCUCGGCAACAGGUGGGCUGCUAUUGCAGCACAGCUUCCAGGAAGAACAGACAACGAGAUCAAGAACUUAUGGAACACUCAUUUGAAGAAACGUCUUUUAUGUAUGGGUCUUGAUCCCAGAACCCAUGAGCCAUUACCUUCAUAUGGGUUAGCCAAACAAGCUCCAUCUUCACCAACUACUCGCCACAUGGCUCAAUGGGAAAGCGCUAGGGUUGAAGCUGAGGCAAGGCUUUCUAGAGAAUCAAUGCUCUUUAGUCCUUCUUCUUACUCUGGUGUAGUUAAAACUGAUUGUGAUCACUUCUUACGCAUUUGGAAUUCUGAGAUUGGUGAAGCUUUCAGAAAUCUUGCUCCAUUAGAUGAAUCAACUACUAGUCAAAGCACUUGCUCGAGGACAACAUCUACAUCAUCUGCACUUCUAAAGAGCUCAACAAUUUCUUGUGGAGGGAAAGAGGUUACUGUGGCGAUUCAUGGCUCAGAGUCUUCUCCAUGUUCAAAUGUUCUUGAAGAUGAUUCAACAGACUCUGCUCUUCAACUUCUGCUUGAUUUUCCGAUAAGUGAUGAUGAUAUGAGCUUCUUGGAAGAGAACAUUGACAGCUACUCACACACUCCUGUUGGUCUUGUCUCAAUGGUUUCUAAAUUCUAAUCUUAUCUAAGAAAAAGAUUCAAACUUGCUUCUUUUUGGUAUUCUCAUCUUUAGUGAUCAGAAGUAGAGGAAAUAUAGUAUCUAUGUAAAUCAGCAUUAGUUAGUUGAAGUACUAAAUCAAUCCUCUCUUUAUGAUUUUGAUUAUGUUUGAGAAA